AUGAGUAGAAAGCCUAGACGUCAUAAUGAAACCAAGUUGACACCGGACGAUGAGAACAUUGGUAUAGACCUUUUCCCUUUCACCACUGAGGACUGUAUGGAACCACAGAAAAUCAUUGACUUAUUCGAAGUUUGUUUUAAACAUGUUCUAAAGAGUCCUGAUUUGCAAGAACAUAUUCAAAUUGUUAAGGGUGAUUUAUACAAUCGAGACUAUCUUGCAGCAUUCAAUAACGAUGAUAACAGGUUUGCUUAUGCUUGCAGAUGGUCGCCUGCUAGAGCAUUGGCUUACAGUUCUGUUCUAGCAUCAUUGCAACCCAUCAAAAGUCUAUUAGAGGAUCCAGAAACUGCCAAGAGUGUGCUAUGUGUUGGGGGUGGUGCCUCUUCCGAAUUAGUUGCCUUGGGUGCUGUUUUCUGUCGCCUAAAAGAAUAUUAUCCAAGUUCAUCUUCAAAAUUAAAUAUCAAACUAAUUGACAUCGCCGAUUGGUCAAAAGUAGUUAAUAAUCUUACUGCAUACAUGAAGGAGAAUUGGGUUUAUCACCCUGAAAAACUAAAUUCCCAAUUUAUUUGUGAUGACAUUUUAACCUCCUCUUCUGAAUCAUUAAGCUUAGGAUCAUUGGAUUUGAUAACGUUACUAUUCACAACUAAUGAAUUGUUUGCAGAAAAAAGAAAGGAAACCAUCAAGUUUUUACAAUUGUUGAACACCAGCUGUCGACAAGGAAGUUUGCUAUUGAUUGCAGAAAGUGCUGGUUCUUAUUCACAUAUAAAAAUAGGUGACAAAAACUUCCCAGUACAGUUUUUGAUUGACACAAUUCUUGUUGGGAAACCGGGAAUCGACAAUGGUGCUUGGGAAAUUGUAAGCCAAAGCGAUAGUUCUUGGUAUCGUAUAAAUCAGAAAGAAGUGGACUAUCCAAUGAAAUUAGAAAAUAUGAGAUUCUUCUAUAGAUUAUAUAUAAAAAAAUAG